AUGUGGACGGAGGAGGUAUUUGGGGCAUCUUGCGUGGGCUGUUUUUUGAGCGACGACGACGACGAAAUCGGACUGGGAGCACAUCUGUGGAAAACAGUUUUUGAAGUGGAGGAUAGUGACGUUGACAUAGAAUGUAGAGUUGACGAAAAAGAAGAAGAAGUGAAAGAUGAAGAAGCGGCUGUGCAAGCGAUGGCAGAAAAUAAUGAGGCGGAGACACUGAAACAAGUAGGCGCAAAUGAGGUGGAAGUGAAGGUGGAUGUGGAAGCGUUGGAAUCUAGUGGAGAAGCAGAUUCACUUUUGGAAGACCAUAAGACAUGUGACGUUGAUGGUGCUGGUAAAGUGCAAAGCAACAUAGCUGAAGUUGAAGUUGAGGAAGUUGCGUCUCAUGAUCCGGUCAAUGUUCCUGAAGACACGCAGUCAUCGAGGUCAUCAGGAACAUACAGGCCGGGAGAGCCAGGUUCGUAUGGGUUAGUCGACAAUGCACAUAUUACACGUGAGUACAUCCAGUGUCUGCAACAAACCAACAUGAAACUGCAACCACAGUGGCAAUGGUUGUUCCGUCAAACACGCUGGCCUUUCCGAUUCGCUCCACAGCAGAAAGUUGACGUGUCUGUGCAUGAGAAUCGUAUCCCGCCAUGGCGAGCGAGUGUCGGGCGUCUGCUUUUGGAUGUAUGCAAUUUUUGCAAACGAAACCGCCAAAUGCAAAAUCUCAUUCUUCUCGAUCCCAUGGCUUUAUCACCACUAUCACCGCUGCUCAAUCUGAUGCGACACUCCACGGAACCCAAAGCUCACCUGACAGGUGUUCUCUGGAUGACCCCAUUUGAUGCUCUUUCUCCCUUUUACCACGUCCCUAUUCCUCGUCAAGAUGUCGAAUGUGGGGAAGAGGUGGAGCGCCCAUACCCGCGACCACUUCACCUGCGAUUGCUGCUUCUGACAGCCUUUCUGUCCAAUUGGCUUGCCUGGUUCUCUCGAAUUGAGAUCUAUUCGUCACUGGGCACGUCUCGUGUUCCGCCAGUGGCCGUUUCCGACUCCGUGGCAGGAUGCGUGUUGCGUCCAUAUAGUUUGGGGUGUGGUCAGUCUCCCCUUACUGAUCUGUGGCCGCUUUGGUUGGCUCGACGGCUGCUGCUCCUGCCCUUCCAUCUACCUCGGCUGUGUGACAGGCACAUCUCGCGACACUUCUUUCCCUUCACUGACGUGGACAAAAUAUGA